AAAAAAAAAAAAGGAAAAAUCCGCUUCAUGUUGGUUCUUUUAUUUUUAUUUAUAAACAGUUAGCAUAAAUAGCAAUGAGUGAAAUGGAGAUAGUUGAAGAAUCAAUUUCCAACAUUGUUUCUAAUAUCCCAAGUAGUUCGGGAUUAUCUAUAUCAGUUCAUCCGUUAGUUUUAUUAAACAUUUCUGAUCACUAUACGCGUACAAAACUACAAAAUCCUACAGCAAUAGAGAAUGGACGAAUGUAUGGUGCUUUAUUAGCUGCACAAACAGGCCGCGAUGUAGAUAUUAUCAACACCUUUGAACUUCCUUUAUCAUUUAAUGAAAGCACUGUAUUAGAUAAAUCAUUUUUAAUGUAUAAGCUAGAACAAUUAAAGCAAGUAUUUCCACAAUUGGAUUUCAUGGGCUGGUACUCUAUAGGAUCAAUGCCUUCUGAAGUAGAUCUUCAACUUCAUGAACAGUUUCUUGAAAUAAAUGAAUCUGCCUUAUUUCUACAAAUGAAUCCAAAUAUGUCCACACAAGAUUUUCCAAUCGAAGUUUAUGAAUCAAUUAUUGAUAUCACAAAGAAUCGUCCCCUAUUUAUUAAGUCAACAUACAAAAUAGAAACAGGAGAAGCUGAAUGUAUUGCAGUAGAUCAGAUAUCUAAGCCUAGUAGUACAUCCACAUCAGAUACAACAAGUCUUGGAAAUACAUUGAUUGCUCAUUUGACUACACAAAGAAAUGCGAUUGCUAUGCUAAACUCAAGGAUUCAAUUUCUUUAUCAAUAUUUACAAAAUAUAAAGUCAGGCGCCAUUCCAGUCGAUCAUGAUAUUCUUCGACAAAUAUCAAGUCUUUGUAAACGUUCUACUGUAUUGGAAAAAAAGGCUUUUGAUGAACAAUUCACAACGGAAUACAAUGAUGUUUUGUUGGUUGCUUAUUUAGCUUCCAUUACAAAGGGAUUAAAUACUGUGAACGAUCUUAUAGAUAAGUUUAAUUUAGUGAAUGGAAAUCAUAAUCUGGCUGCUGGUCCUUCUUUAAAUAAACCAAUUUCUGUUGGUAAAAAGGGAAGACGAAUUCAUAUGUCGAGAGAUUAACGAAUAAAUAAGCUUUAUGUAAUUUA